CCGCAGUCUCUGGUCAUCCCUGUACUGUGUCCACAGUCUCUGGUCAUCUCCUGUACUGUGUCCGCAGUCUCUGGUCAUCUCCUGUACUAUGUCCACAGUCUCUGGUCAUCUCCUGUACUAUGUCUGCAGUCUCUGGUCAUCUCCUGUACUGUGUCCGUAGUCUCUGGUUAUCUCCUGUACUAUGUCUGCAGUCCAUUGUUUUUUUUUUUCUUGUUUUCCUCCUCUAAAACUUAGGUGCGUCUUAUGGUCAGGUGCGUCUUAUGGAGCGAAAAAUAUGGGAAUGUUUUUCUCUGUUCCUCCAUAGCUAUAAUAUGACUGA